UUGUAAUAGUCGAAACAUGAAUAUUUUUGUAUAAACGGACGAACUUGUAGUCUCUCUCCCCUGUCAAGUUUUAGCAAAUCAUCUUGCAUUUCUCAUACCGUUCUUCCACCUGGACUGAGAUGGACAGUUCUGAAGCAAGUCUAGAUGGAAUUGAGGCACAGAGGUUAAUGAAUGUGUCUCAUGACCAACGUGAAGGAAGAUGUUUUCCCAUGAAUCUGAUAAACAAAGUCGUAAACAAACUCUGUUCACGAGGAGAUAGCACCACGCCACCAAGAGGAGGUGUCGUAUCUGAACAAGAGUUCCUUGAAAACCUCAAAUUCUCGAACCUUUUCGAUCUCCCUGGUGAAAAUGUUUUGAUGAAUUCGGAAAUUUAUAGCGGGGUUUGUGAUGGGAACAAAGAAUGUCUUGAGAAGUUGAGAAGCCAUGGAACGCCAAUGGCAUGUCUAAAAAGUGAUAGAGGAGAUUCAAUCCUUCAUCUUGCUGCUAGAAGGGGUCAUCUAGAACUAGUAAAGAAUAUUAUCUCUGAAUUUCCAUGCCUUCUACUGGAGCCAAACUACGAUGACCAGCUUCCGCUUCAUGUGGCAGCUCAUGUCGGUCAUCCAGCGCAGGUAAAAGCUAUUAUUGUUGCCGUAACUUUCUAUUCAGAUAGACUUGCUGAAGAAGCUAGGGAGAGAUUGAAUCCAUAUGUUCUCAAGGACAAAUAUGGAUAUACUCCUCUCCAUUUGGCCAUUGAAGGACAACAUAUAUCGACGGCUGGCUAUUUGAUAAACGCAGACUAUGGUGCUAUUUUUCUUGAAAAUAAUGAGGGAAUAUCUUCCUUGUAUAUGGCAGUAGAAGCUGGUAAAGUAUUACUUGUGAAAUCAAUUUUAGGAAGCACAGACAACGAUGACCUUGAAUGGAGAAAGUCUUACUUAAAUUCGAAAUUGGAAGGUAGAAAAUAUCUGGCACAUGUUGCUUUGGAAGCCAGAAAUACAGAUGUCCUCAAUGUUAUUCUUCAUGAAUAUCCAUUUCUUGAGGAUGAGCGAGAUAAAGAAGGAAGGACUUGUCUUUCCUUUGGAGCAUCCAUAGGGUUUUACGAAGGGGUAUGCAACUUGUUAGGCCGAUCAACAAAGGGUGUUUAUGUCUGCGACAAAGAUGGUUCCUUUCCAAUACAUACGGCUGCAGAGAAAGGUCAUAUCAAAAUUGUCCAAGAGAUUCUUAAACGUUGUCCAAAUUCAAAAUACCUGCUCAACAAACUUGGCCAGAACCUUCUGCACAUUGCAGCAAAGGUUGGGGAUUAUAAGCUUGUAAAAUCGUUGAUGCGAAGUGAUGAUACCAAAUACAUGGGUGCUGAGCAAGAUGUGGAUGGCAAUACACCUUUGCACCUUGCCACCCUAAAUUGGCGCUACCAAUCAGCUAAAACGCUCGCCUUCCAUACAGAGUUACUGAAAUUACGGAACAAUAACGGCUUAACAGCUAGGGGUGUUGCCGAGUCAGAAAUGAAAUCUAACUACAUCUUUCAUGAGAGGUUGACAUUGGCAUACAUAUUAUGCGCUUCCGUGGAUGUUGAACCUGUAAAGUCGAUAACAAAACCAUCCAAGCCACUAGACCAUGAAAAGAGCAGAGAUUACAUCAACACUCUUCUAUUAGUAGCAUCACUUGUAGCCACAAUGACGUUUGCUGCAGGCUUUACAAUACCAGGUGGCUUAAACAGCUCUGGUCCAUACUUGGGCAGGGCAACUAUGACCAAUCAUAGAAGUCUCUUCUUUUUCCUGCUAUUUGACACCUUGGCAUUGGUCUGCUCCGUUGCAACAAUAUAUAUUCUUAUAUGGGCGCAGUUGGGUGAUCCAUCACUCGUUCCCUCAUCCUUAAAUAUGGCCUUGCCCUUACUGCUUUUUGCUCUAAUGUGCAUGCCCUUCGCAUUCAUUGCUGGGAUAAUGACUGUGAUUUCGCAUGUGCCAUGGAUGUCAUACAUCAUUAGCCUUAUUGCUUUUUUCUUCUUGCAUUGGGCAAUGAGUAUCCUUGGCCCUCAAGUCCUGCUACAACAAACAAACGUUCAUUGGCUAUAUGGUGUCUGGCUUGAUCUGUUUAUGGAUUAUCAAUGGUUGGUGUCAGGAAGGUAUGGACAGAUUAGUCCUCCAGUUAGUGAUUUGACGAGGCCGAAGAACAUCAAGAUCCUUCGCUUGUGAAGGAGACGAAUUGUGAAUGGUGAAUGGUCAAAGAGUCAAAUGGUCAAUGAUCAAAUAUUAAUUUAUGAUUUAAUUAAUUAAUGACCAUGAAUGGCAAACACCUUAUUCUUGUAAAAUCAGUCACAAUCUAUUAUUCUUGUAAAAUAAAAGCUGAUCAGUUUCUACUA